AUGCAACCAUCACCACGAACAGUGCUAGUGAUGGUGGUGGCGGUGCUGCACGUAGCUACCGCUAAUCUUAUCACCAGCUACGACUACAAUACGGCCGUCAGCUUCCAGAUCUUCGACUGGAACACAAACACGAUGAAGGCGCAGACGAACGCGGAGACGAACUUCGCGGCGUUCGGCUGCAUGCCGGCGGAUCCGUUCGUGGUGAUCGUGCACGGUUGGAGGGAAGGUUGCGCCACGACCCAGUGGGUCCGGGAAACGAUCAACAACUUCGUCAUCUACCGGAAGGGGUGCAUCCUGUGCGCGGACUACAGCAUCAUCGCCAACAACGCCGACUACUUCAUCGCCGUCAAGCAGGUCGACGGGAUUGCCCGGACGAUCGAGAAGAAGGUGCGGCAGCUGUUUACCUACGGCAUGGCACCGGCCAACGGUAUGCUGUACGCGUUCAGCCUCGGUGCCCCGAUUGCCUUCCAGACGGCCCGAAACUUGGCACCCCAGAAGCUGGCUCGCAUCGACGCGUGUGAUCCGGCCGGUGUUGGGUUCGACCUGAACGCGACCUACACCGCUCUCGACAUCCUCAAUACGGCCACGAACGUGCAAUGCAUCCACACGAGCUCCGACUACGGCACGACACGGCGCGUCUGCCAGAAGGACUGGCUGGUGGGGUACUGUGGAUGGUUCCAGUACGCGGCCGGCACGAAAACGUCCCACGGUCUCUGUCCGGACUUUUAUAAUGCCGCUUUUUGGGUCGACUUUCCGGCUAUCCCCAACCCGCUAACCUGCCCGACGACGCGUGCCGUCAGUUCGUGGCCAACCGGCUUCAAGAUGGGCUACUUCAUGCCCCUGACCAGCCCCAACUUGAUUGGAGAUUUCUUCGCCAAAUCCUCACCCAGCUAUCCCUUCAAUUAA